GGGCAGCGUACAGCCUGGGAUCACAGUGGAGGAGGGCCCUGUCUUAUCAUUUGUCUGUAGCAGGCACAGGGUUGGAUCUGUAUACUUCUCCUCUUAGAACUUAGGAAUUUUGGAAAGAAAGAACUUUGCUGUUCAACGAAACGGUCAAGCUUCCACUCCGAGAAAACAAGUUGCCUAUGAGUUAACCUGCUGAAAACAUGAUCUUACUGCAUAGAACAACACUUCCAAGCACUCUGUAUAAUUAUAGUUACAAAGUGCUAUGAGUGGUGGAUAGAUGAAGAAAUGCUGACACCUUCUGGUGAAAGAGUGGAAAUGCAGCAUCAUACAAUGGAUAGGUCCUGCUGGAUAAAGUAAUCAUUGAGAUUGGCUGAAAGACCGCAAAAGAAAAAAUAGCCAACAUUACCUGACAGAGAAAUAAGUUUUGUGACCAGUCAUCUAGGUCUGGGUACCCAUAGAUUUGGAAAGAAGCAAUCUGUGUUUUAUCACUAUUUGGAAACACCUGUCGACGGCCAUAACUCUACUUGUGCUUGAAUAUGAUUUUGUCCAUGCUUGAGGUCCAGCACAGGUUCUAAAGUUGAGAGCUUGAAGAAGAGGAGCUGUGUAACAUGGAUGGAGUAACACAUCAACAUCACCUUGGUCGUUUUUACAGGGAAUACCAGAACAAUAGUAUUAUUGCAUUACAUUACAACUACACGGGGAAACUCAGCACUAGUAGGUACAAGGGAGGACUGAAAGCCGAGGCCUUGGUCUUUUUGGUGGUAUGUGUCCUCAUUGUUCUGGAGAACCUGGUAGUACUUCUGGCCCUAUGGCGCAACAAGAAAUUCCAUUCGCCAAUGUUCUACCUGCUCGGCAACCUGACUUUGUGUGACCUCCUGGCUGGCAUAGCCUACAUGGUGAACAUUGUGUUGUCAGGUGCAAACACUCUCCGCCUCACCCCUGCCAUGUGGUUUGUUAGGGAAGGAGGGGUCUUUGUCACAUUGACUGCAUCAAUAUUCAGUCUUCUUGCAAUUGCUAUAGAGCGUCACAUCACAAUGGUUCGCAUGAAGCUCUACAGCGGAGACAAAAAGGGCCGCAUGGCCUUGCUGAUCGGCGCAAGUUGGCUGGUGUCCAUUCUACUGGGUGUCCUGCCAAUACUGGGAUGGAAUUGCAUCCGAAACCUCCCGUACUGUUCCACCAUCCUACCCUUGUACUCCAAAGGUUACAUAUUGUUUUGUAUCACCAUCUUUCUAGCCAUCCUUAUCUCCAUUGUAGUCCUCUAUCUGCGCAUAUAUAGGAUUGUCAAGAUCAAUAGUCAGAGACUGGGCACUCUUCGUAAGGGAGCACUUAGAAAGUCCCAAAAGUAUAUGGCACUGUUGAAAACGGUUACUAUUGUUGUGGGAGCCUUUAUUGGGUGCUGGCUCCCCCUCUUUGUACUCCUCUUAUUUGAUGUCUCAUGUGAGAUCAAUGCUUGCCCCAUUCUUUUAAAGGCUGAUUAUUUCCUCGGCCUGGCUAUGAUAAACUCUCUCCUAAACCCAAUUAUCUACACGCUGACCAGCAGAGACAUCAGAAGAGCCAUUCUGAAGCUGGUCUGCUUCUUCUGUUUUGUAAAUGAAGAUGGAGAGACCAAAGGUAGGUUUGGAUUUUUCCCUGUCAUUGAAAGAAGCACCAGCAGAUCUGAGAAGUCAUCCCACAAACAUGAGGGCUUGGAGACCACAGCGUCUUCAGGAAAUGGCACUCCAACGCCGGUGAAGUCUCUCGUGUCCACCAAAAAGUACUGAUCAUUGUUAUUGUGGACGAAUGGAUCACUAUACCACAAAACACGUGUAUGUGUUUGUGAAGAUAAAAAGAAGCUGCGCCACUACUCAAGCUAUAAUUGGACUUGAUCUUAAAGUAAGGUGACGGUCAAAACAGCAAUAAUAGAAGGUGUUUCAGAACAACUGUGGAAAUUAGAAUAUUUUUGUUGUUGAAUUGUACGGUGCUCCAUGUUGCUGGUCAGUAGGAAAACUAUAGCCUACAUAUAUAACAUAGAACGAAGACAAAGCAUAGGCAGGACUCUGCUCAUGAGAGAUCUUACAAUGUAAACCUAAUUUAAAAAUUAUGUUCGUAAAUAACAAGAUUAGGUUAUUAUUUUUCUUUAGCAUGAGGUUGACUACAUAUUUUUAUAAAAAGUUUAUAAAAGCAAGCUACAUUUUAUUAAAGCCAGGAAAAAGUGUUGGCUACUAGAUGCUAAUUUAUAUGAGGUAUUACCAGAUGUUGACAAAUGCGUGUAGUUCGGUUUAAUGUCCAGAACUAUGUCUAAUUCAUCCACAGUCAUGGGUGGUUAAAUGGACCAAGAUAGCCAACUACAGUAGAUCAACAUGAGGUCCUAUUAGUGUCCUUCAGGGAUGGCCUUCGCAGUGUACUGCGCGCGCACAUGAAAAGGAGGCAUGAUCCCGGCACAAGGGGGUAUGCCACCAGUCACGGGGGGACCUGUCCUUGUGGCACGUGUUUUUGUAUGCCCACCGAAUAGACCACAGGGAGGCAGAACUGCUCAACCAGCCCCUGGUCCCUCUGCGUGGCUGAAUUGGCCCAUCAGAUCGUCAGCUAAUCUGGUAUUUGCCAAAAGUGCCAUAUGGGCAGUCCAGCCCUGGGCCCCUCAGUCAAUCACUGUACAGGCAACGUCAGCAGUAAAUGGAUAUUUACAUUUUCAUUUAGGAACAACUAAACAGAAAAGGCAGAUGUGUAUUAUUCCUAUCUUAAUACAGAGAGGGGUCUACCCCCAAACAGACCUCAAGUAAGGGCAAAUGGUCGAUGGAUUAGCUAGCAUGUAUUGUAGUACAGAAGCAACUGGGGACUGAAUGAAACACCACAUUAGCUAUAUAUGGAUGCAAACAUACCAGUAUUACUAUAGCUACACCACACCAACAUCUGUCUAUCAGGCAUAGAUGGCUUAUGCAGAAUAGUCCAUCACAGCUUCUGUGGACCUACAUAUUACCGGUUCCAAACUAACCGAAAAUGGUACAGCUCACGCAGUGUGACUGGUGGGUAAAUUGUACAGAGAUUUGUCUUUAUGUGUAAAUAGAAAAUGUCUACAAUGAAUAAUGGAUUGAUUCAAACUGCAUUUAUCACCAAUGCCUAACACAACAACCACAUAUGUAUGCGUGAGGAUGACAUCACUUUAUAUGAUGACCACAGAUAGAUGGCCAAGGGGGUCAGCCAAUAUUAUCCUGUGUGGUUGCGGCAAUGGGUAAGAAGGUGGCACUUGUCUGGCUGGUUCUGGGUCACAAGCAAAGUGUCUAUAGCGGAAGGCUGUUUUACUAAUACAUACUAAUGUGACUAUCUGUUCAACUAAUACAGAAGAUUGUGCGUGGGCAGGCAGAAACCUGCGCCGCAGCAGAUGUCACCGUUAGUAGCAGUAUUUGCACCAGCCUGAGGCUAAGUGCAGUAGAUCUGCUAGAAACAGACUUCCUUUCCCUAGGUAUCCGUUCAGAUGGUCGACCAUGUUAUGGUCGAGUCAUUAGGUCGACCACUAUAGGUCGACAUGGACACAUGGUCGACACAUGAAAAUGGUCGACACAUGACAGGUCGCCACAUGAAAAGGUCGACAUGAGUUUUUUUUACUUUUUUUCUUUUGGUGAACUUUUCUAUACUUUACGAUCCACGUGGACUACGAUUGGAGCGGUAAUCUGUGCCGAGCGAAGCGGUAGCGGAGCGAAGGCACCAUGCCCGAAGCAUGGCGAGCGAAGCGAGCCAUGCGAGGGGACGCGGUGCACUAAUUGGGGUUCCCAGUCACUUUACGCAAAAAACGACACCCAAAAAAGUUUAAAAAAUCAUGUCAACCUUUUCAUGUGUCGACCUUUCAUGUGUCGACCAAGUGUCCAUGUCGACCAUGUCAGUGUCGACCAAUAGUGGUCGACCUAAUGACUGUCGACCAUAACAUGGUCGACCAUUCAUACCGGAACCCUUUCCCUAUACGCACAAAUCACACAGAGUAAAGAUGUGUACACACAGUGAGAUUUAUCCUUGCGAUUUUGACUAUAUAGUGUAAAUCGCACUGUGUUAGGCAGCUUGCGAUACCGAGGCGCACUCCCGCGGGGUCAGUAUCGCAAGACUAGAUGGACUGUGCAGGCAAGUAAAUCUUGACUAUCUAGUGUACUAUCUAUAUCUAGUACAAAGUCUAGUCAAAAUUGGCACUUAAGUCCAAAUCGCUCUUAGUCAAAAUUGAAGGUACAGAUAGUCAAAAUCGGUGCUUCUGGGAUCUGGGGGAGUUCAGCGGAAUUCGCAAAGUCAAAAUCGAAGAUAGCCAAUAUCUCACCGUGUGUAUGCACCUUUACUUACACGCAUACAAGUCAGGGUGGUUCCACGCAAUCGUAUACAUGCCCCAUUUCAUGGAAAGAAGGUUCCGGCCAAGUUGUGUCAGACUCAAAAUAGGACAGGCUUAGCAAAAUGUGGAAGGUGAGACAUCAAAUAUUCUAGGUGUCCACUCUGUGUUCAUUCUAGAAUAUUCCCCUUCCGUAUAUAAGUGAUCGGCCAAUGUCUGUUGACAGUUGAGCAGUUUUGCGUUGUUUAUUGUGUUUUUAUUAAUUCUCAAGCUUUAGAGCCAACCUAGCAAAACCGAUGUCAUAUUCGGAAUCAGCAUUACAACGUUACACCCAAAUCGUUCUACUAUGAUCAGCAAUAAAAUGAGUAUUGAUCAGUGCAAUGGGUCACAGGAUUUGGUGCUAAAGCCCUACUGUAAUAAAUUCUUACAAUACAAAAAAAUAUCAAUAUUCUAGCAUAUGAUAAAUAAACGCAUUAAUUAUUGUCUCUCUAACAGAAGAAGAGGAGGGUGCCGGUAACAGCACCAUGCACACACAGGUCAAGAGAUGAACACGGAAGUCAGAGAUUUAGGGUUAAGGCCAUUUCUAAGUACAGCAACCUUACUUUAGACAUUUAACAUUAAUUUAUAGGAAAGGGCCAAGUAUUAUCUGUAAAUUAAGGCAAUUUAUCAAUAUUAAGACUUAUGAAAUGAACUGAAAGAACUGCAAAAUUGAUGCAUUUGUAUUUUGUUGUAAAUAUAUAAACAUGUACGUGUCCACAUUAACCAUUUCUCUGCUCGAAGCAUUAAAAUGGUCAAUUCAACAAUCA